UCAAUUAGCUUCGCAGCAGCAAUUGUUCCUCUCAUUAGCUACUUCUCUUUCCCCACUCCCCACUCCCCCUCACUCGCGGCCGCCGCCGGAGUUUCAUCAAGGAGCAACAAUGGCCUUCAUCAAAGUCCAGAAGACAAGGGCUUAUUUCAAGCGUUUCCAGGUUAAAUUCAAGAGAAGGAGAGAGGGGAAAACCGACUACAGAGCGAGGAACAGGUUGAUCAAUCAGGACAAAAAUAAGUACAACACUCCAAAAUAUCGUUUGGUUGUCCGAUUUACUAACAAGGACAUAAUUGCACAAAUUGUGUCGGCUAGUAUUGCUGGUGACAUGAUUCUUGCCUCUGCUUAUGCUAAUGAGCUGCCUCGUUAUGGCCUUGAAGUUGGACUGACAAAUUAUGCUGCUGCCUACUGUACUGGACUUCUUUUGGCACGACGAGUUCUCAAAAAGCUUGAAAUGGACGAGGAGUAUCAAGGGAACCUUGAGGCCAAUGGGGAGGAUUACUCUGUUGAACCUGCUGAAAGCAGGAGGCCUUUCCGUGCUCUCUUGGAUGUUGGCCUUAUAAGGACUACUACAGGAAAUCGUGUCUUUGGUGCUCUCAAGGGUGCGUUGGAUGGUGGACUUGAUAUCCCUCACAGUGAGAAGAGGUUUGCUGGAUUCAGCAAGGAUUCUAAGCAACUUGAUGCUGAUGUUCACCGCAACUACAUUUAUGGUGGUCAUGUUGCUACGUACAUGAAGACUCUGAUCGAAGAUGAACCUGAGAAGUAUCAGUCACACUUUAGUGAGUACAUCAAGAAGGGUCUUGAGGCUGAUCACCUCGAGGAGAUGUACAAGAAAGUUCAUGCUGCCAUACGCGCUGAUCCUACCUUCAAGAAGUCAGACAAACAGCCUCCCAAGCAGCACAAGAGGUACAAUCUAAAGAAGCUAACUUAUGAGGAAAGGAAGGCUAAGUUGAUCGAGAGGCUGAACGCCUUGAAUUCAGCUGCUGGAAAUGACGACGACGAUGAUGAGGAUGACGAGUAAAGUGCAGUACAAGAAUCCUGAAAUAUUGUUGCUUAUGUUUUUAUCAUACUGUGUUUUUGCUUCUUUAUUGAUAUCUCAGUUUUGCAUGCUCAGUAGAAUGAGAAUUCACCAGUUAGACAAUUUACAAGAUUGUAGUGCGUGUAUUCCAAAUUCAACAAAGAACUUUUUUCCCCUUAUCAUCCUUGCAGCACGUGGGCUA